AUGAUCUUUUUGUAAAGUUAUCUAACUUUCCUAAUAUUUAUGCACUGAACUGCUGAAACCCAAAAAGCUGCCCUAAAAUACUUACCAUUGCAUCGCCUGCUCAACCAACAACAUGGAAAGAAAUGAAGAUGUCGAAGCAUCAGCUUCUGGAUCGUCUUCACAGAGCCCAGAUCAAAGCAGUGUUGACCUAGAAGUUAGAAAUCACGAUUUGUUUGUGGCAGGUUCAAGUUCUGCUGCAAUAUUGAAAACAGAUCAAAGUACGAAUGUGGAAAUUAAAGAUUCAAAUAUUCACAUUAUUGGAGAUGAAGCAAUGAUAACUAAAGGCCAAGUAGCAACCACAAAUGUUUAUGGCAACGUUAACAUCUUCAGUGGAAAAGAACAUACAGAUGCAGCCCCUUCUUCUUCAUCAGUCCCAACUGGAACACCAAUUCAACCAUUACCAGAUACAAGCACAGCAAUUGCUCCUGUGUAUAAAGGGAAUUCACCAGGCUUCUUCCAACGACUUACUGAGAAACUUUUUGGAGGUGCGAGAAGCUUCAUUGAUUAUUUCAAUCGGAGAACGUGGGAACAAACAGCAGUCAAUGUUACAGAAAGCUACAAGGAACAAAACUUAGAAGAGCCUGAAUUUGAGGUCAAUCCAAAGUUAAUCAAAGUAACUGGUUUUUACAGGGGCCAGAUGGCACCUGAUGUCACAGAGUACAGAAAGGAACAAGAGUUCGCUGUUACAGAGGCGAAUGAGAACAUUGGAGAAGUGAUCUCACCAAAUGAACUAGUCCAACAGCUAUGUGAGGGAGGUGACCGAUGCGUAGGACUAGUGGGUCAAGCUGGAGGGGGCAAGACCACAAUGAUGAAGCGUACUGCACGAGGCGUUCUCGUCGCUAAUGAACUGGAUAACGAAUCCAAAGCAAAAAUGGGAUGGCUCGCUCGGUUGUUCAGGAAACAGAAAAAUGGAUUCAAAUUUGUUCAUCACUUGAAUUUCAGAGAUCUUCUUGUUUCUUAUGGUUUAACACCAGAAGAAGCUUUAACUCCAUGUACUCUGCUUUUUGGAAAAUUUGCACCCAAUCUUUCAAAUCAAACUUUGAGAGCGGGAUAUAAAUGGCUUCAGCAACACCAAUCUGAAGCAAUUUUCUUCAUUGAUGGUCUGGAUCAGGCUACAUGGAAUCUAGAGGGGAAAUACAAUAAGAUGACAUAUACUGAUAGAUCUAGUACAGCCACAAUCAUGUUUAAUAUCUUAUCAGGCAAUUUGUUUCCCGAUGUAACAUUAGUUAUUUCUUCACGUGAACACAGGAUGGCAUCCCUUCCUCUGGAGCUUCGACCUCCAUUAGUUAUUGCUCUUGCUGGCCUUGAACGUGAUGACACCAAAAAACUAUUUACUGCUGUUGUAGGUGAAACAGGGGAAGAAUCCUGGAAUAAGAUGACUUUUCAGUCUCCCGCACUCGUGCCAUUGUCCUCGGUCCCUUUAUUUUUGAUUUUCAAUGCUAUUGUUCAUAAAUCCAACCCAGAGAAUAUACCUAAUACAAUGACUGAUGUAAUGACAAAAGUACUUCAUAUUUUCAUUCGUUCUUCACACAUUCAAGAGCAAAAAAAGAUUGAAGGAAUUCUUCACAAUUUGAUGAAAAUGUCCUUUGAGGGCACCCGAGAAAAGCGAGUUAUUUUUAACAUUAAGGAUCUAAAGAAUGCAGGACUUACAAAAGAAAUGAUAAGCGAUCUCAUCAUAGAAGUACCUGGUGGCAGUACACUGCUGAAUCAACAUCUUUUGGAAGGUGACACUCUGAUGUUCUUCAGUCAUCAAAUUCUUCAAGAAAUGUUAGCUGCCCUGUACAUCGCCAACAUGGAUCUCGCAACUUUCCAAGCAUUCGUCACUAACGAGAUCCACAAAGAUCACUGGUCUGUUGUUCUACGGCUCCUGUGUGGAACUGUUUUCGAUCAAAAAAUUAAAGCUCAAUUCAUCAAAGAUCUUACAACUGAGACUGGACUAGAAAAGCAAAAUUGUCUCAAACAUGCACUCACAACUAAGAUAAAUCAAUGUACGAAAUCCUAUCAGAAGUUGGAGUUGUUUGGUGCGUUAUAUGAAGCCAAUGAUGCCGAGCUCAUUAGAUCCCAUGUUCAAGAAAUCAACUUUGAAAAUGAGUCUUUCACUGCAGCAGGAAUGUGUGCAAUGUCAGGUGUCAUGCGACGAUGUGGCCAUCUUGAACAAGUUCGCCUCGUCAAUUGUGAGCUCAAUGCAGAAUUAUUAAAAAACUUCGAGUUCAACUUGAAAGGUUCUGAAGUGAAGGUGUCAGAAUUUGAUAUCAGCUUAAAUCCGAUGUCCGUUGAAGCUUUUGAUAGCUUCGGUUCAGUUUUAACAAACAUUGAAGUGGAAAAACUCGUUAUGCGUGGCUGCUCACUUACAGAAGAAAAGCUUCGUGUGCUUGGAAGACAUUUCCAAUCACAGAUUCGCGCUCUGGAUAUUCGAACUAUCACAAACAUGACAUUUGACUUGUAUUUUGCGAUUGUCAAGUUCGCAUCUGAACAUGAUGUCAAAGAACUUUUGAUGGAUGCAUGGGAUUACUUCAAGGCAAGCAAAGAGCAGCUGUUGGAACUGAGUAAAUGGAAAGUUUUUGGAAAGAUCCGCGUUCUUGAUAUUCGAACUAUUACAAACAUGACGUUUGAUCUGUAUCUUGCAAUUGCCAAGUUUGCAUCUAAACAUGAUGUCAAAGAACUUUUGAUGGAUCCGUGGGAUUGCUUCAAGGCAAGCAAAGAGCAGCUGUUGGAACUGAGUAAAUGGAAAGUUUGUGGAAAGAUAUCCAUCAUUGAUAUCAGUCAAAACUCAAUGGACGAAGAAGCUUUUGGUGCUCUUGGUGACCUUUUAUCAAACAAUGAAGUUGACCAACUCAAUGCAAAAAAUUGCCAGCUAACAAAAGCAAAACUUGAUGCUCUUGGAAGUCAUUCUGGAUUAAAAUUAUCCAGGUUUGACAUCAGUGAAAAUCCAAUGGAUGAAAAAGGCUUCAAUGCUCUUGGUUUUGCUUUAAAAACAAAUACAAAAGUUCUUGGCCUUGUCAUGCAAAAUUGCCAACUGAAUAAAGAAAAACUAGAUGCUCUUGGAAGUCACUCAGGAUUACAGAUAUCCGUUGUUGAUAUCAGUCAAAACCCAAUGGACGAAGAAGCUUUUAUUGCUCUUGGUGUACUUUUAUCAAACUAUGAAGUUGACCAACUCAUUGCAAGAAAUUGCCGACUAACAAAAGCAAAACUUGAUGCUCUUGGAAGUGAUUCUGGAUUAAAAAUUCUAAAGUUGGAUGUCAGUCAAAAUUCAAUGAAUAAAGAAGCUUUUAAUGCACUUGGUUCACUCUCAAAUAGUGUUGAAGUUGAUGAGCUCAUCAUGCGGAAUUGCCAAUUAACAAAAACCAAACUUGAUGCUUUUGGGAGUCAUUCUGGAUUGAAGCUAUCCAAGUUUGAUAUCAGUGAGAACCCAAUGGAUGAAAACGGAUUCAAUGCUCUCGGUUCUUUAUUGACAGCAAAUAAUAAGGUUAUUGACCUUGUCAUGCAAAAUUGCCAACUCACAAAAGAAAAACUGGACGCUCUUGGAAGUCACUCGGGAUUAAAGAUUUGCACUCUGGAUAUUCGGUUCAUAACCGGCAUGACAUUUGAUCUAUUUCUCGCAAUAUCUAAGUUUGCAAGUGAAAAUGACGUCAAAGAACUUCUGAUGGACCCAUGGAAAGAGUUCAGAGCAACUAAAGAUCAAAUAAUGGAAUUGAGUAAAUGGAAAGUCUGUGGAAAGUUGGAUGUACUGAAUGUCAGUAAAAACAAGGAUCUUGGCACUGCUGGUUUUGGUAAAGUUGGAACAGUUGUUUCAAAAUGUCAUGUGAAGGCAUUGGUGGCUUGGGAUUGCAAUCUGACAGCAGAAGGAAUGAAAGCAUUCAAGCAAAACACUCGUAAUACCAAGUUGGAUGUACUGAAUGUCAGUAACAACAAGGAUCUUGGCACUGCUGGUUUUGGUAAAGUCGGAUCAGUUGUUUCAAAAUGUCAGGUGAAGGAAUUGAUGGCUUGUAAUUGCAAUCUGACAGCAGAAGGAAUGAAAGCAUUCAAGGAAAGCACUCGUAAUACCAAGUUGGAUAAACUAGUUGUCAGUAACAACAAGAAUCUUGGUACUUAUGGUUUUGGUGAAGUUGGAUUGGUUGUUACAAAAUGUCAGGUGAAAGAAUUGUCGGCUUGGGAUUGCAAUCUGACAGCAGAAGGAAUAAAAGCAUUCAAGGAAAGCACUAGUAAUGCAAAGUUGGAUUCACUAAAUGUCAGUCACAACAAUAAUCUUGGCAUUGCUGGUUUUGGUGAACUUGGAUUAGUUGUUUCACAAUGUCAGGUUGAGGCAUUCGAGGCUCGGAGUUGCAAUCUGACAGCAGCACAAAUGGAAGCAUUCAAAGAAAAAACCCAUAUUGCAAAGUUGGAUAUACUAAAUAUCAGUUGGAAUGAGAAUCUGGGCACUUCUGGCUUUGGUAAAGUUGGAUUAGUUGUUUCAAAAUGUCAUGUGAAGGAAUUGAAGGCUUGGGGAUGUAAUCUGACAGCAGAAGGAAUAAAUGCAUUCAAGGAAAGCACUAGUAAUGCAAAGAUCAAGUGCUUGGAUCUGAAUCAUAACAAACUCAGCAAAUUCGGAGAUGAAGGAUUAUCUACAAUCAGUGAAAUUGUUCGUCAAUGUCAGGUUGAAAAAUUGUACAUGUGGGGAUGCCGCUUCAACGAUGACCAGUUGGAAAGAUUCGAAGCAUUGAUUGCUGAUACUGAGAUUAACUUCUAUCACUAGUCACAGACGAGGAUCCGAGGACGAUUUUAUUGGAUAAUUUGAUUUAAAAUUAUAUUAGUUCCACAUUUCUUCAGUUUGUCUGUCUGAGAUAAUCACUUUUCGUUUUGUUUCAAAAUUUUCGGGCAAUUUGUUUUUGAUUAUUUUUUUCAAUUCUAUCUAUAAUGUUUAGCAAGUAUGGUCCGUUUAUCGCAUUAUGUCUUAUGGAAAUUUCUUUCGAUUUUCAUUUAUUGGACACGUAGUGUACAUAGUGAUCAUUUUGUUGUUAUGUUGUUCUUAGUCUUGUUGUUGUUGUUCUUUGACACGUUUUGAAGA